AACUACGCGGAGCGGGUGGGCGCCGGCGCCCCGGUGUACCUGGCGGCCGUGCUGGAGUACCUGACGGCCGAGAUCCUGGAGCUGGCGGGCAACGCGGCCCGCGACAACAAGAAGACGCGCAUCAUCCCCCGGCACCUGCAGCUGGCCAUCCGCAACGACGAGGAGCUCAACAAGCUGCUGGGCAAGGUGACGAUCGCGCAGGGCGGGGUGCUGCCCAACAUCCAGGCCGUCCUGCUGCCCAAGAAGACCGACAGCCACAAGGCUAAAGCCAAGUGAGCGCCCACCACCAACGCCCGGGAAGUUUUUCCCAGAGAGACCCAAAGGCUCUUUUCAGAGCCACCCACUAGAUCACUGAAGAGCUCAAUUGCUUUAAGCUUGCUUGGGAACGAUUAGGAAACACCGGUGGUGGUGUCCCUGUUACUAAGGAGAACAAAUCUCCAACGAAUGCCUUUAGGUGUUUCAAGUGGGUUUUUUAGACCUGUUUUAAAUGUAUGUUAAUUUGCGUGCAGGGGAGAUUUAAUUCUCGCAAACUAAAGCGUUUCACGACUCGCAUCCUACAGAUCGACUCACAAGCGGGAAAUAAAAUCUUUCCCUGCCCCAUCCUAUCUUACGGCUGAAGCGAACGCCCGAGCCGCAAGCGAAAGCCCGCCCCGCCCCUCCGCUCUCCCUUCUCGCGUAGUCGCACACACGCAGGCGGAACAGAAAGCGUUAAGCACCGGCUACAGGUCUGUGUUUAAAAACAAAAGGAAUGAAUUUGCAAGUCCCCGAAUACUUACACCGCCCUGAAGCCUCACAGUAGGGAGCGAUUUCCCCGGGGCCGGAGCAGCAGCAGCAGCACAGGCUGCCCCCAAGGCAAAGUUCCUCCGGCUCACGGCGCCGCUCUUCAUGAGCUUCCGUGGGGGGUAGGCGCUUUAGACCUCAUAGCUAAAGCCAUUCCCACCGUGUACCCGCGAUACAGAAAAAAGCCCCUGAUUUCAGCCCUUUUAAGAAAGAAGUGGGUGGCUCUUAAAAGAGCCGUUGGGUUUAAGCGCGGAGCAAGAGUUUUCUCCCACGGGGGUUUACUUCUUCUUGGGCGCCGCCUUCUUCGCCUUGGCUGCUUUCGGCUUGGCCGCCUUGGGCUUGGCCGCCUU